ACUUGUUCUUUGUAUAGACAUACGUAUGUGCAUACUAUAGGUGAAGUGCUGUUAACCGGCUGGUUACCAGUUGGUGGUAGAAGUGUACGCUGCUUCAAAGCACUUCUUCAACAGCACUAUGAGUUUUUUACGUUUGCUGGGAGUGUGCUUGUUAGUUAGCUUCACAACAAGUUCUGAUCCAGAAAUAGAAGAAGAAGAACUGAGGGCGCGGACGUUUAUGCAAAUUAUCGAUUCCAGGGAUGCCACCUUGAGCAAUAAGGUGACAUUAGCCAGCUGGGCUUAUGCCUCCAAUUUGACCGAAGAAAAUUUGCAAUAUCAGUUAAAAGUUAGCGCUGAAGCAGCAAAACAGAUAAAAGAAGACUGGCAAGAAAUUAUUAAAUACAACUGGAGGGUCUUUGACGAUGGCGAUUUGAAAAGGAAAUUCGAAAAGUAUUCAAUUUUAGGUGUGUCUGCAUUACCAGAGGAAAAAUACAGCAAACGUGAAAAGAUCAUUAGCGAUAUGGAAGCAGUUUAUGCGAAGGCCAAAAUAUGCGAUUAUAAAGAUCAAGAAAGGUGCGACUUGGCUUUAGAACCAGAGAUAACGCGAGUGUUCGAAACUUCUAGAGAUCCCGAAGAACUGAAACAUGCGUGGGUUGAGUGGAGAAAGAAGACUCGUAUUGUGAGAGAUUUGUAUAAAGAAUACGUUGACUUGUCGAAUGAAGCGGCUCGCUUGAACAAUUUCACCGAUUACACGGAAAUGUGGCUGGACGAUUUCGAAUCUUCCGAUUUUAGGCAGCAAGUCCAGAAAUUGUGGGAACAGCUUAAACCAUUGUAUUUACAAAUACACGCAUACGUCAGGUUCCAGUUGAGGAAGAAGUAUGGAGAUAUCGUGUCCGAAAAGGGACCCAUACCAGCUCAUCUUUUGGGUAAUAUGUGGGCACAAGUCUGGGAACAUGUUGAAGGGUUUAGCCAACCAUUUCCGGGUAAAGUGAAGCUUGAGGCCACACCAGAAAUGGUCAAGCAGAAUUACACUCCGUUCAAGAUGUUCAAACUGGCGGAAGAAUUCUUCGUAUCGUUAAAUCUCAGUGCAAUGCCACCACUGUUUUGGGAACGUUCCAUUUUAGAGAAGCCGAACGAUGGUAGAGAACUCGUGUGUCACGCGUCCGCGUGGGACUUCUACGACGGCAAGGAUUUCCGCAUAAAACAAUGCACGCAAGUGAACGAAGGCGACCUCUACACCGCCCAUCACGAAAUGGGCCAUAUACAGUAUUAUUUGCAGUAUAAACAUCAGCCCGUCAUAUUUCGAAAAGGCGCGAACAGCGGUUUUCACGAGGCGGUGGGAGACGUUAUGUCGUUAUCUGUGUCCACGACAAAACAUUUAAAGAAAAUUGGACUUCUAGAUUCUGAUUUUACGGAAGAUCCCGAAGUUUCCAUAAAUAACUUGUACAAGGUAGGUCUCGAUAAAAUAGCGUUUCUACCUUUUGGGUACUUAAUGGACUUGUGGAGAUGGGAUGUAUUUUCUGGUAAAAUUACCCCUGACGAAUAUAACUGCAAGUGGUGGGAAUUACGAGAGAAAUAUCAAGGGGUUGAACCUCCGACCAAUAGAUCUGAGGAGGACUUCGAUCCAGCAGCCAAAUAUCACAUUGUAGCCAAUGUCCCAUAUAUCCGCUAUUUCGUUAGCUUUAUUAUCCAGUUUCAAUUUCACCGAGCUCUUUGCGAAAAGGCUGACCAGUAUGACCCCAAUGACCCUACGAAAAAGUUGCACGAGUGCGACAUUUACCAAAGUGCCGCAGCGGGUAAUGCAUUAGCAAACAUGCUACAAAUGGGUUCAUCAAAGCCAUGGCCUGAAGCAAUGAAAGAAUUAACAGGUCAACCAAACAUGGAUGCUGGUGCCCUUUUGGAAUAUUUUGACCCCCUACUGAAAUGGUUAAAAGCCGAAAACAAGAAAAAUGGUGCCUUUAUAGGCUGGGAAUCGUCUAACAAAAAAUGCUCUUCCAAAAAAUCUCAACAAGAAGAACUCAAAGAUGAUGAAGAGAAGAUAUAGAACAGUUUUAGACAAUUCUCUUUAGUAAUACGUCAAAGUCGAUAUGGUCCUGUACUUUGAAGCAAUAAUUACUUAUUUUUUUAUAUCUUUAUCUGCAUUUUAUAAUUAUAAUGUAUUGUCAAGAAAUGUUUCUCAUAAACAAAAUUAUAGUAUCUAAAUUAA